AUGGCUAAUCUUAGCAACCUCUCUACCAAUAUCCCAUUGCUUGAGGCAAUCCAAGAUAUUCCGGGGUAUGCCAAGCUUAUGAAGAAGUUGAUAUUGAAGAAGAAAAUUGUUGAAUGUGACACCAUUGAAGUCACCCAUGGGUGCAGUUCUAUCAUGAGUUGUGCAAUUGUGGAAAAUAAGGAAGAUCCUGACGCUUUUACAAUUCCAUGCACCAUCGGGAAACAUAAGUUUGAAAAAGUUUUAUGUGACCUUGGUGCAAGUAUUAGUCUCAUGCCCUUUGCUAUAAAACAGAGGCUUGGCUUGAGUACCCCUAUUCUAAUGCCGAUGAGGCUUUUGAUGGAGGACCGGUCUAUUAAAAAACCGGUUGGUGUUUUGUUCGAUGUGUUGGUAAGUGUGGAUAAAUUCAUCCUUCUGGCGCAUUUUGUGGUGAUUGAUUGUGAAGUCGACCAAGUGGUGCCUAUUAUCCUUUGUCGAUCUUUCCUUGCCACUAGUAAAGCCAUUGUUGAUUUGGAGCUUGGGGAAAUGAGGCUUAGAAUUAAUGAUGGUGAAAAGUCCUAUCAUUAUGCAAAACAAAGAAACAACCUAUGGAGCUUCAAGUGUUAUCAGUUAUCAAUUUUGAAGAUGAGGAAGUGA